UUUACGCCUUCGCUCCUUGUCCUGAAGACACCCACACACUCAGCAAAGGACAAGAUCCCUCUCCAACGGUGCAUGUUAUUGGUCUCGGACUCUUUUUCAUUGCAGACUUGGGGUUUCAAUUAGGGUCUAUCACUCCUGUCGCCGGUGCAAGUUCAACUGAGAAGUCUUUCGUCAAAAGGACAAAAGCCUCCUCAUGAAAUCAUCUCCCAGAGCAACGACAUCCGACUUACCCACUCCCUUCUCCUUGCCCUGGUCUUGAACGGCCUCCUGUGAUGGCUUCCUCGCUUCACCGCCCGACCAUGGACGCCUUCAGCAACAUGGGCAACCAUAUGGUGUCCAAUUCUGCUGCCGCAAUCAAUGCCAUCGACGACAUCUCGACCCUUGAUCCUGAUGAGAGUGUCCUCUCCCUUGCCAAAGGCCCCAGGAGACGCCAGCAUGACGACGAAGAGUCUGAAGGCAUCGAGGAGGACGACCUGGAAAGCCUGGCCAGCGCUGCUGUCGAUGCGAAUGGAAAUAAGCAGGUCGCAAAGGCCGAAGAACAGGAAGAGAAAGAGUUGCCUCCACACGCAUGCGCAUACUGUGGAAUUCAUAAUCCGAGCAGCGUCGUUCGAUGUUUGACAUGCGCCAAAUGGUUCUGCAGUGCUCGCGGAAACACCUCUUCAUCCCACAUCGUGAACCACUUAGUCCGAGCUCGUCACAAGGAGGUCCAACUCCACCCCAGCAGCGCUCUUGGUGACACUGUCCUCGAAUGUUACAAUUGUGGCACCAAAAAUGUCUUCUUGCUUGGCUUCAUCCCAGCGAAAUCAGACACCGUCGUGGUGCUGCUCUGUAGGCAACCCUGUGCCGCAAUGCCCUCCACCAAGGACAUGAAUUGGGACACGUCGAGGUGGCAACCUUUAAUCGAGGACCGAUCUUUCCUCCCUUGGCUGGUAUCUCAACCCAGCGACCAAGAGCAACUUCGAGCCCGCCAUCUGAGCCCCCAAAUGAUUGCGAAACUGGAAGAACUCUGGAAGGACAAUGCCAAUGCCACCAUCACCGACUUGGAAAAGGCAAACGGUACCGAUGACGAACCUUCGGCAGUCCUCCUUCGCUACGAUGAUGCUUAUCAGUAUCAGAAUGUCUUUGGUCCCCUGGUCAAAAUCGAAGCCGACUACGAUCGUAAACUGAAGGAAAGUCAGUCCCAGGACAAUCUGACAGUUCGAUGGGAUCUGGGUCUCAACAACAAACAGGUCGCCAGUUUUGUCCUUCCGAAACUGGAGCUAGGCGACGUCAAACUUGCUGUUGGUGAUGAAAUGAGACUCAAGUACUCUGGCGAAUUGCGAUCUCCCUGGGAAGGCGUUGGCUAUGUCAUCAAAAUCCCCAAUAAUCAGUCUGAUGAAGUUACCAUCGAGUUGCGAUCAAAGGGCGAUCAUAAGUCGGUCCCUACAGAAUGUACACACAGCUUUACUGCCGAUUAUGUCUGGAAGGCUACGUCUUUCGAUCGGAUGCAACUGGCCAUGAAGACCUUUGCCAUUGACGAGAUGAGUGUAUCGGGUUACAUUUUCCAUCGACUCCUCGGCCACGAAGUGGCCGCCGCUCCCAUGAAGACACAAAUGCCUAAGAAGUUCAGUGUUCCAGGUUUGCCCGACCUUAACGGCAGCCAAAUCAGCGCAGUCAAAUCUGUCUUGCAGAAGCCUCUCAGCUUGAUCCAGGGACCACCGGGUACGGGCAAGACAGUCACCUCCGCCACCAUCAUCUACCAUCUGUCCAAGAUCAAUGGUGGGCAGGUCUUGGUUUGUGCCCCGUCCAAUGUUGCAGUGGAUCAAUUGUGUGAGCGGAUACAUCUGACAGGCCUCAAGACUGUCCGAGUCACUGCAAAGUCUCGGGAGGAUGUCGAGUCACCUGUCGGCUUCUUGUCUCUCCACGAGCAGGUUCGCAUGAACGACAGCAACAUUGAACUGACCAAACUCAACCAGCUCAAGUCGGAGUUGGGCGAACUCUCCAGCCAGGACGAGAAAAAGUACAAGUCUCUCACACGCGCCGCUGAAAGGGAGAUUUUGACCAAUGCAGAUGUCAUCUGUUGUACAUGCGUCGGAGCGGGUGACCCAAGACUAGCCAAGUUCAAAUUUCGGACGGUUCUCAUUGACGAAUCGACUCAGUCCGCCGAGCCCGAAUGUAUGAUACCAUUGGUGCUGGGUUGCAAACAAGUGGUACUGGUUGGCGAUCACCAGCAACUGGGCCCCGUCAUCAUGAACAAGAAGGCUGCUAAAGCUGGCCUCAAUCAGUCGUUGUUCGAACGACUAGUGAUUCUUGGAUGCGCACCUAUUCGUCUCAACGUCCAGUACCGCAUGCACCCGUGCCUCUCAGAAUUCCCUUCCAACAUGUUUUACGAAGGUUCGCUUCAGAAUGGUGUGACCAUGCAGGAACGCCUUCGACCAGAGAUUGAUUUUCCCUGGCCUGUCGCGCACUCACCGAUGAUGUUCUGGUCCAACCUUGGUAAUGAAGAGAUAUCAGCCUCCGGUACCUCAUACCUCAAUCGCACAGAAGCGGCCAACGUCGAAAAGCUAGUCACUCGAUUCUUCAAAGCCUCGGUGAAGCCCAAGGAUAUUGGGGUCAUCACCCCUUACGAAGGUCAACGUUCUUACAUUGUCAGUUCCAUGCAGGCAAGCGGCACAUUCAAGAAGGAAAUGUACAAGGAGAUUGAGGUUGCGUCGGUGGAUGCCUUCCAAGGGCGAGAAAAGGACUUUAUCAUCCUUUCUUGCGUCCGCUCCAAUGACCACCAAGGAAUUGGAUUUUUGAGCGACCCACGCCGUCUGAAUGUCGCGUUGACUCGUGCCAAGUUUGGGCUGGUGAUUCUUGGCAAUCCCAAGGUCCUAUCCAAGCAUCCCUUGUGGCACUAUCUGCUGCUUCAUUUCAAGGAGCACAAUUGCCUCGUCGAAGGGCCCCUGACUAAUCUUCAAAUGUCACUUCAUCAGUUCAGCCGACCCAAGCAGUCGUAUCGCGGUCCCCAGCGCUACCAGAUGGCAUACAACCAUGCCAACCAUAUGGCCAAUGGAAUGAUGAACGGCCGUCCUCCUCAACCGCGCGGCGAAUACCGGGACGGUGGCUCAGUGGUGAGGUACAUCCCUGACGACGUGUCGUCGAUUCAUUCUUCUGCCAUGGGGGGUGUUGGUGUCCCGGUCGGCUAUCCGCCCAUGUUCCAGGGGUUCGCAGCGGACGCAUGGCCCUCAAUCCAGAACACCUCAGGCCGUCGACAAAACGGUGCCAAACCAAGAGCCGUACCUGGCAGUGUUGCUGGAGAAUCUACAGUUCCAACCGAGUCUGACGUGACUAGCAGCGUUACUGGUGGAGUCAGUCUAGAUCAAUUGUCCAUCCACGACAACACCAAACAGGCCAGCUACAACCAAGCAGAUCGCCUGAAGCGGUACGUUGAGAGCGGAGGCCCCAACGUUGGGUAUAUCGGCAAUCAUAAAAUGAGCAAAGGCCUUCAUCAUGAUGAGGAUGCUCAGAGUGUGUCUACAGCCUUUGCAAGCCAAGUGGGAGGUGGCUAUGAUUGAUCAUGACAUGAUGGACCGUGACGAUGAACGGUGGAGAAAAGUGCUCACUAUUUGAGCAACAAGACCAUACCGUUGAUUUUGAUGCAUUCGUGCCAGACUCAUGCGCACCUUUAUGUGACACAGCCUCAUUAGGACUGUUGAGAUUCUGAUUUAGAUGCUAGCGUCAGCUACUGAUCAGCACCUACGCAACAGGUUACCUUCAAAGCGUCAUCGAAACCCCCGACGACAGAUCGGUGAAGGAGUCUCUGCGACAAGCACUGGAGUGCAGGGCACAGGGCUUGAGAACCCGCGGAGGACUUUCCUCGACGUUCAGAAGGCAAGAUGGAUGCCUCGAUGCAGAAGACUUUUGGGCUCGUCAAUUGUUCAAAGCAACCCCGAUUGACCUGCGAAUGGUCCUUGCUCCGCACAACAGCCCACCUACCAAGACGCGACGAGGGCGACAAGACGGGUCCCGUCCGUGGCCGGGUAUUGUGAGAAAGGGAAGGAAAACCAUGCAGAAACAAGACUGUCAACAUGCAAGCACAAUAUUGCUGCUUCCACUACCACUGAUUUUUAUUGCUGCGCGGUUGACGGAAUUCCGUUGCCUAAAACACUCAUUUAGCUAUCAUCAUCUACUUUCGAGUAGUACCAAACAUUCCUUAUGUACCAUCUUGAAAGAUACCCACAUCGAUGAUCCGU